UGUCUCAAUAUAAUUUGAAUUUCCAUGAAUGAGCGCGUAGCUUAGUUGAGUGUAAGCCAUUGGAUCAUUAACAUUAACACUAGACUUAGCUUGGCAUUUCCCAAACAUGAUCCACUGGCGACUACUUUCCGGCCUGCUUGUGGGCCUGGCCAUAGCGCCAUCGUUUCCAGUCGACGGAGAGCUCUCGGCCAGAUCGGCAGCCAGUGCCUCGAAUCAACGCUUUGGCCUACGCCUAACCACCAAAUUGGGCCUGAGCCAGCCAGAUACAAAUGUGGUGGUUUCCCCCCUGCUGAUACAGGCGGCACUGAGUCUGCUCUAUGCGGGCAGUUCCGCGGACUCCGGAAGGGAACUCCGGCAAGCUCUGGAGCUGACCCAUGCAAUGGCUCCGAAACUAGCGGUCCAGGACAUCCAGGGACUUUUGUCGGACCUAAAGCAGUCGGCUGCUGUUGGCUGUCGCUUGAGGUUGCUCAGCGACUUCUACGCCCAGCAACGCUUCACCUUCAACUUCCGAGAUGAUUUUGAGGCGUUGGCCUCGCGACUGGGUGUUGGCUGCCACCGAUUGUAUUGGGAAACAGCCUCGAGUGCGGCCCAGGAGAUCAACUACUCCUUCCUCAGCCGCAGCAACUUCAGCCUCGGAGAGCUCGUCACUGCCUCGCAGCUGGAGUCCUUGGCCGAGCACAACACGCCCUUCUUACAUAUUUCCGGUAUCACCUUCCGAGCUCCUUGGGCUUGGGCCUUCGAUCCGACUGAGACGCAGAGCAUCAACUUCUUCAACGGAGGAAACCGUCCCAGACUGGUGGAUGCCAUGUUUGGCCAGCACCGCUACAGGUACGCCGAGGUGCCCGCUCUGGAUGCCCAACUCAUAGAGGUGCCCUUUGCCACUGCCGAUCUCAGCAUGCUCAUUGUGUUCCCAAACCGUGCGGAUGGCCUGGCCCAACUGGAGAAGAAGUUGGCCCAGUCCGAUCUCCAUCAGCUGAGGGGCCAGCUCCAGGAGCGCAAGGUGGCCCUCACACUGCCCAAGUUCAGAGUUUUGGUCCACUCUGCACUGAAACGAGUGCUGGAAGAGUUGGGACUGGCGAAGCUGUUCACAUCAGAGGUCCAGCUGAGUGAGGUCUUCAGCUCCAUUCUGACCAGUUGCCCCCCUUUGGGAGCAGUGGUGCAGAGCGGCCUCCUGGAGCUGCAGGAGGAAGGCGGCAAUGCUGGGGAUUCGUUUUCCUUUGGGGAUCUAUUCCGACGAGCCCUGCCCCUGGUCAUCAAUCACCCGUUCUUCUAUGCCAUCGGCAAUGACAAGACCCUGCUGCUGGCCGGCCACAUCGUCGACAUCUGAGCCUCGCUCUCUCUCUCUGCUGCUUACCCAAUACUCGAUUCCAAUGCUAGCUCUAAGCGAGGUUAUCGCCUUAUCAGCCCCGCUCGAAUCUCUGGCAAAUAAACAGAAUUACCCGCGGCAUGCCAAAGGUGACAAAUGAUUUGUAAACACA